ACAUCUGGAAACCAUUGAGGACAGAGAGACAGAGAGGGAGAGAGAGAGAGGGUGGGUUCACAGUAUGUAGGGUAAAACCUCCUGAACAGAAAAUUACAUGAAUCAGAGAUAAAGUUCAGACUUGGAGGAGAAGACGAGAGAUUUUGGAGGUAGGAGGAUUAGCCAGUGAGGAACAAAAACAGAGCAAGAGAAGAAGAAAAAACUGAAGCAGAUUCAAGAAGAGAUCGAAAGGAGUUCUGAGGACUGGAAAAACUGAGUCAAGAUCAAAUCCAGGAGCUGACGGAGCCAAGAGUUACAGAGAGGAGUGAGACCAAGACAAGACGUCAGGAUGUCGGUGUCUAGGAAGUGUCUGUGCUGCGUUAAAUAUCUCAUGUUUGUCUUUAACCUCAUCUUCUGGCUGGGGGGAUGCGGUUUGUUCGGGGUUGGCGUGUGGCUUUCCUUCACGCAGGCCGAGUUUUCCUCUCUUCCUCUCUCCUUCCCGUCUCUAUCCGCCGCCAAUCUGCUGCUGGUCGCAGGGGGCAUCACCAUGGUGACAGGCUUCCUGGGGUGUCUGGGAGUGUUGAAGGAGCAGCGCUGCCUGCUGGUCAUGUUCUUUGUGAUCCUGCUGCUGCUCGUCCUCACUGAGGUCACUCUGGUGCUGGUCAUACACGUGUUUCAUGACAAGCUGGACGCCAAUGCACAAAAUGAACUGAAGGAAGGAAUGAAGAUUUACGAAACAGAACCAGGACUGAAGAAAUCCUGGGACAACGUUCAGAAAAUGUUUAAAUGCUGUGGAGUGACCAAUAAAACAGACUGGUUUGAUGUUCUGAAUGGGACGCUGCCCUCGUCGUGCUGCUCUGUGGGGACCGAUCAGUGCACGGACGGCUGGAGCGAGCCGUGUUAUCAGAAGGCCCGUCAGUGGUUGUUGGAUAACAUCCCAUCAGUCCUGGUGUUUGGAGUGUGUAUCGGUGUUGUGCAGAUCCUGGCUCUGGUCUUCUCCAUGCUGAUGUACUGUCAGAUUCUGUGUGCAGAGAAACAUCUGGACUGACCUUAGACCAGCUGAUCGAUCUCACCACUGACUCCUCUGGGAUCUGGAAUCGACGUUUACCUGAUCCAAUAACCUCCGGCACAGACUGAGCUGCUUCAGUCUUUCUGGAUUCACUUUUAGUUUCAGUCUUUGAAAUAAUCCUGUGAAGCGUUUUUUGUUCAACAAACUCACUAAUGACGGUAUCAGGGCUACACAACAAAGUCAGGACUAACAGACUGAGUGGGGCGGAUGUCUUUGAACCAUAUUAAUGUAGAUGAAUCAUAUUUUAAUAUUGCUUUAUGACAUAUGAGUGAGGUGUCCUUUGACCACUAUGAGACAAGUUAAAAUGAGCUUGUUGACUCACUCCUGCAGAGUGAGCUGAGGGGAAAAUGACUCCAAUGUCAUCUAACAUGUCAGGAAUAUCACAGUUACAGUUAGUCUUUGAAAUGUCUCCCAUGCAACCUAAAAUUGUGCACCUUUGAUCAGAGUGGAUUCUGGUAAACAUAUGCAUCUACUACCAUUUUAUUAGCCCUCCAAUUUAGCCACCAAAAUUAGCUAAGCAUGUUUUGGAAGGGAUUCCUUCACUACAAACAACAAACAGAGGAGUUACAUCACAGCUAUACAGGGGUUAGCACUACAUAUGUGUAAAAGAUAAAGUUAUAUGAUGAUUUUUUUCAUCGCUCUUUAAUUGAGAAGGUAAUCUGCAUCAGUCAAUACUCAGUUUGGUCAAAAGAAGGGGGGAAAAAGGUUUCAUGACAUCUCCCCUGAACUGUUUGUGUUGAUUUUGGCGCCCCCUGUGGACAAAACAGUCUCUGCUGAUCUCUUACAUCUCUGAUGAUUUGUCCUGGGUGUGUAUUUCCCAGGCCUUUCCCCUUAGAGUGCUAAAGACAUUAAAAAUCACAGUGUAGACUGUUGAUGAUAGUCAAGGUCAUAAAGAGACGUCACUAUUGAUUCGAGUCUGUUCCAUAAUCAGGUAUUACUCACAGGGGCUUUGUUUUUAAGACUCCAAAAAAGUCACUUUAAUUCACUAGUCAUAAAUGUAAUUUUUAGGAUUUAUUUUCCUUCAAAAAUAAACAAAAAGUGAACAGGAGAGAAUAAUCUCUGUAACCUGCUGGCUCAGUUUGAAUAUGAGGUUAGACUCAAUCUCUCCCCCAUUCUGCCUCUGUUACUACCUCCAAGGGAUGAUCAGAGGCGGGAUGACUAUGCCCCACCAUUAGUAAAAAGUAAAGUUAAUCUCUGUCACAGUGCAGCUAGCCUUAGGACACAACAACGACUGAAGAAGGCCUCACCUGAACCUGCAGAGAUUCUCACGGAGCAAACAUUUCUCUAAAUAAACAUCUGCUUGUGAACCCCCGCAGGCAUUUAUCUUUUAUGUGAAAACAAAACACGAGUCAGAUACGGUCAUUUGUCAGCAUGUUUAUAAAAAAAACACAUUUACAGAUCUUUAAAAUCCGUCUUUAAAACAAACAAACUACACAGACUUUACGUUUUCAGUGAGUAAUGUCAGGCUCUGCUCGCCAGUUCUUUCAAACUGUUCAGUGUUCAGUAUCUCACCAAAUGAUCAGAUGUUCCUAUGUAAUAAAUAAAAUGUAAAUACGCAUUAGACCUGCAUGUACAGACACUACAAUCUUAGUAUAUUCUGUUUCUCAUGUGCUGUAAAUAAAUAGAUAUCACCAUCGUGA